AUGUCUGCGUCACUUCCUGGGGGCCGCCAACUCCCCGAGUCGCAGUAUGACCUCAGCACGUACUGGGGGCGCGUCAGGCAUUGCGCCAGCAUCACGGAUCCGAGAACCCUCUUUGUCGGCAGCCGUGGACUCGAGGAGGCGAAGAACCUCCUGAUCUCGUACAAGCAGGGCCAAAUAAAGCACAUGACGCCCGAUCUUUGGAGGGCAAAGAAGAUCGUCGACUCGACCCUGCACCCUGACACCGGCGAGCCCGUCUUCCUGCCCUUCCGCAUGUCCUGCUUCGUGCUGUCCAACCUGGUCGUCACGGCCGGCAUGCUCACUCCCAACCUUGGCACCCGCGGUACAAUAGCCUGGCAAGUUGCCAACCAGUCCCUGAACGUCGCCAUCAACUACUCCAACGCGAACAAGUCCUCCCCACUCUCCUGGUCCAAGAUUGCUCAGUCAUACUUCCUAGCCGUGACAGCCUCCUGCUCCGUAGCCGUGGGCCUCAACAACCUCGUCCCCCGCCUCAAGAACCUCGCCCCCAACACCCGCCUUAUCCUAUCCCGUCUGGUCCCCUUUGCCGCCGUUGCCAGCGCCGGUGCCCUGAACGUCUUCCUCAUGCGUGCUGAAGAAAUGCGCACAGGCAUCGAUGUCUUCCCCGCUAGGAAGCCCGUCGCCCUGUCCGAGAAGGAGGCCGAUGCUGCAGUUUCUGAGGAGGAGGGUGCCCCCCAGAGCCUGGGCAAGUCCAAGAAGGCGGCUACCCUGGCUGUUGCUGAGACCGCGCUCAGUCGUGUGCUGAAUAGUUCGCCUAUCAUGGUGAUCCCGCCGCUGAUUCUGGUGCGCUUGCAGCGCACAGAGUGGCUGAAGAAGAACCCGCGCUAUACCACGCCUGUGAACUUGGGCUUGAUCCUGGUGACCAGCUACGCCGUGCUGCCUCUGGCGCUGGCUGCGUUCCCCCAGCGCCAGAGGGUCAAGGCUGAGUCGCUUGAGGAGGAGUUCCAUGGGCGGGGAGGCGAGGAUGGGUUGGUUGAGUUUAACAGGGGUAUGUGA